AUGUUCGUACCAGCGGGCGUAUUCCCAAAGUGUGGUACGGCUGCCUCUGAAACGCCGCGUAGCACCCUGCGGAUACGACGACAGGGUCGAAAGUUCGCGCGCUGUCAACGCACGGCUCGAGCGCUCUUCGUCUACGCGAACGACUUCGGCUAUAAUGUGUACCUGGACCCGGAGGACCGUGCCAAACGUGAACUCUCAGAAAAUGACAUCUACGCGGUUGUCCAAAAACCUUUGGGUCUAACACUUGCGGAGCGUGACGACGGUAUGGUGUACAUAGCGGCCGUUCAGCCUGGGGGCAACGCGGCGAAGACAGGGGUACUGAGGCCCGGUCAGAUAGUGACCGCAGUCAGUGCGACUUUUGGCGACGAGAUUUGGAGCGUGCGCGGCGUCGGGCUUGAUCGCGUGCUCAAGUCGAUAAAAGUUCGAUCUGGAGACUUUGUUACCCUCGUCGUUGAGGACGAACAAACGGUUGAGCAGAAGAAAACUGACGCCUAUGAAAUAGCACAACGGCGGGCAGUGGAGGCUCGAGAGAAGUACGGAGAACGCGAAGUGCUUGAUCCGGUGACCUGGACCAGCCGUUCCGUGCCUAAAAAUAGCAGCAGCGACUUAAACGAUCCAGAGCUCGAGCGGACACUCACCGACGCUGUGGAUGAGCCUUUUCGCCAGACCUGGUUGCUGUGGGCUCUGGGUGGCGCGGUUGCAAUCGUAGCGGUACUUGCAUUCACGUUUUUCACCUAA